ACAAUAGUGGCUUUCUUUUGGACUUCGAUUUCAGUUCGAGUAGAAGCUCCUCUCUCUCUCUCUCUCACUGGUCGCCUACAGAAGGUUCGCUUUAGUUCUCUCGAAGCGCUCGAAGCAACUGACGCGAAAAAGGUCCCGACUUUGAGGAACCAGAGGAAGGAUGAAAGAAAACUACCUUGCUCUGGGCUCCCUAAAUGUUGCCAAGGGGAGUGAAUUUUUUUGGCUGUCGAUGUUGAACCAUUCUGUCUUUGUCUGAUAAAUACUUCUUGUUAGGACAUCUGUUGGGGGUAACAUUAGCUUGUUAUCGUGAUUCGUUUUUUUUGGCUUGUCUUUUGAGAUGAGUACCCAAAUGCUCACUUCAUAGUUAAAUCAAAUGUGAUGUCUGAAACUUGUAUUCCCAACUCAAUUGGUAAAAACUGGAAAUUGGUAAAACAAAAGAGGUAUUGCCUGCCAAAAUUUUGACUGCCAGAAAACAAUUAGAGCUCAAAGUUGAUUGAAUCUCGCAUAUGUUUUGGCUUUCACCCUCUCUUCUAUUUCAUUUCUCUUCCGUGCCGUGUACUUCUGGAACGUGUUUGCUUGUCCCAUUCUGUAGAAGUUGUAUAUCGACUUACAGAAUGCUAGUUUUCCAUAUCCAGUUUGAUGCAUUGGUUGCAGCACUUCCUUCAUCUGAAGGAGGUGAAGAGGCUCAACUCAAAAGGAUUGCAGAACUUCAGGCUGAAAAUGAUGCCGUGGGCCAAGAACUUCAGAGGCAACUGGAAGCUGCAGAUGAGGAAUUAAAACAGGUCCAGGAGUUGUUCAGUCAAGCAGCUGAUAAUUGCUUGAACUUGAAGAAGCCAGAAUGAUGUGCAUAACCAAUUGGCAUGUGUCUCGGCGGGGUCAUUUGUGGACAUCAGAGUUGGUGAAAUUUUUUUGCUAGGAACUAGCAAAAAACAACCUGGGAACAUAGAAGCAGUUUUUUUUUUUCUUUUUCCCCCUUUGCGAAAGUUCAGUAUUGUUAAUUGUAGUUAGUGAUGUUUGAACACCCGUCAAACGCAUGAGAGUACACGAUGUCUGUUUCUCAAUAUUGAUUGGAUUCUAGAUUAUUGCAAUCAAAAUCUAGGUGCUUUUUGCCUUUCGAGUUCUCAAAAAGGCUUGGCACCAUCCUUUGGAGUUGACUGACAAAA